GUCCUCAUGAUAAAGUGUACUUCUUAUCAUAAUCAACUCUCUCAUAACAGCUUCUGAUUUUGUCGAUUUUAAUUGUUGUGUUGUUUUUGUGGGUUUUUUUUUUACAUGAAAGGACUCCCAUCCCUUUAUUUUCACUAUAUGUGCAAUCUUAAAGCUAAACUGACUCUCCUAUGUGAACAAUGUGGUUGGGUCUCCUUUCUGGUCACUUAAGGUUAAAUUUGUUUCUCUGGCAGGUGAAAUUCCUUUUCAUUCUGGGUUAUUAUUAAGGAGUCUCACUUGGGCAUUGUUUUGUUUUCUUAUUGAUCUGUGAAUCUUCUGGUCUUACUAUUAUCCUUUUGUUUUUUAACCUUGUGGUUUGAUGUUUUUGUUUUUUGUUUUUUCUGUUGUUGCAUGCUUGAAUUCCCUUUUCGAACUUGUGUUUUAAUCAUUUCUUGUUUUGUAUUUGAAAAACCUUACAGAAGCAUUCUUAUAGAACUCUAGACUAUUUUAAACUAAUACUGAUUUUGAUUAUAUAUAGGCAUUGUUUACCUUCCCCCUCCCAAUCUUUUAUGUAUUAUAGUAAUUAUUUUCAAGCAUUUUUACUUUUAAUGUAUAUACUGGAAAUUUGAAAUACAUUAUCCUUAAGGUAUUGAAGCAUUUUAAAUUUGAUUUGAUUAUGGAUUUACCUCUCUGCCUUCGGGCAUUACGUUUUCAAGUGUUUUCUUGGGCAUAAUAAUCUUUAUUUCCAGUUGAAACACAGUCUUCUAGGAACCUGCUGAUGCUGGUGGGGUGAUUACAAAUUUCUCACUUCUGCUUGACUGAGACUUUUACUCUUUCAUUUCUGGAAGAAAGAUUUGUUAGGUAUGGCAUUCUUGACUACCAGAGUUAGGGUUAGGCUUAGGUCUUCUUCCCACACUUGGAAUAUGUCAACCAAUUUUCUUCUGACAUGAGGAAGCUGCUAACAGUAUAAUGGGGACUUGCUUAUUUGUUACUACACAGUUUUCUUUUGACACCUCCAUUUUUUCUCUUGCUUGAUUUGUUUUGUUUUGUUGUUGUUUUUGUUUUUGGUUGCUGAUUAUAUCUGAGAAAGGACUUCUUUGGGUGGAGUCUACCCUGAAACCUUUUAUCUUCCUGUUUCAGAACAUCCCAACAUUCAGAAAGCAGAGACAGGAGCACUUUGAGCUUGGGACUAGCAUGAGCUAUACAGUUGGUUCUAGAUUGGCCUAAACUACAUAGGGUCUAACUUCAAAAGAGAAACAAUUAAAUAAAAAAACGAGAAUCUUUUAAAUGAGCUUCCUGUGUUUCUCUCUCUCUCUCUCUCUCUCUCUCUCUCUCUCUCUCUCUCUCUCUCUCUCUCUCUCCCUCCCUCCCCACCCCCUGGAAUUCCCAUAGUGUAAAAUUGUUCACUUAUGGGAACUAUGCAAGUUCUGUAGGUUCCUUUCACUUUUUCUAGUCCCCAUGCCCACUUGGAUUGUUUCAAAAGAUGAUUCUUCAAAUCCAGAAGCCUUUUUCCCCCUGCCUGCUCUAGUCAGUUGUACUUUACUUAAUUAAUAUGUAUUCACCAAGUUCUUCAGCAUCAGACUUCAGUCUGUGUGAUAUAUCAAUUGCAUUUCUCAUUUAGAUCAUGAUUUUGCUGAUUUCAUUAGAUCAUCUUUUGAUUUCUCUUGCAUCCUGAGGUGUCAUUGUACGAUUACUGCUUUAAGUCUUUUCCUUAAGGCGCUGGUGGCCAGACUCCCUGUGGCUCAUUGUUUCUGAAGUUGCUGUGUCAGUGUCUAGUGGAACAGCUUCCUCCUGUCAUAUUCAGUAAUUUUACAGGGGAAAUUCAUGUUUUUAGAAGGGUUAUUGGGUUACUUGAGGGGAUGCAUGGUCUCAGUUCAUUUGGGUUUCAUUUGGGUGAAAUAGUGUAAUCUUUGUGCAACUAUCUGUCUCCUGUGUAAAGACUGUGGUGCUUACUGGCCUGGGGUGCAGAAGCUUAUGGAGAUGGUUGCAAGGUCAAUAUCGCUUUAGUAGCACAGCUUUAUAGAUAAUCCACCCUCCUUUUCUUUUUACAAUGGUGAGAUUUAACUGAGGACAUCUAUAUUGGUGUUAGAUCUGACCUAGCUGUAGGCUAGCCCAGAGGUAUCAUGUUCUAGGGCACAACGAACAUGCCUGAGAACUACCAUGGUACCUGUGAUAUGAGGCAGGUUAACCCCUCUGUGUGAUAGAUGCAGUUCUCCCACUAACUAUGGUGUUGUCAAUCUGACUAGGGAUUUAUGGAUGAAGGUCAAUCUGACUAGGGAUUGAAUAUUGCUCUAACCCUGGAGAGCAGAAGACAGCACUGGUGUCCUGAAUGACAGGACAUUGCUUGGCCAUGAGCAUCCCAGCUAUAGCUUGUUCCCUGAGCCUGCAUGCCAAGAACAGAGUAGCCACUCAAACAAGGGAGAUGGUGUGCUUCCAGCCACUCCUGCUCAGGAUAAGAAAGCUGAAGGCAAACCCUAGGAACGGCUAUGUGUAAAUAUGGCACAAUACCUACAGAACAUCUUAGGAGCAGAGAGAUUGGAGAGGGACCAGCACUUAGUAUCUUAAUCAUAAGAAAGAAACAUACCAUGGACUCCCUUGGAAAUAGCACAGCUAUGUGUAGUCUAGGCUGUUGCUGAGUCUGUAUUCAGGGCUGGAGGGAGACCUUAGCAGGUAUCCACAAUGCUAACAGGAACUUCUAGGGAGCCUCUGGUUUUAUUUCUCCCACAGCACCUCACCACUGUCUCUGAGGUAAUCACAAUGGGCAGUUGAGCAGUGUUAGCAGGGCUGCCCCCUUCUCUAUGUAGUAAGCCAGAGCACACUGUCAUCCUUCUGGUCUCAGCUGUUAUUGCUCUCUAGUGCUCCCAUUUAGAGAGUUUAAAUGGAAACGCUGUUGUUUUGGUCCUUUCUGUUUGGGGAGAGCUAAACACCAUGCACCUUCAUUUGGCCAGUUUCUUGAAUCCCAAUAUCUUAUUAUUAUCCAUCUGUAAUAUCAUUUUAAUGGCUGGAUAAUGUUCUAUUUAAAGUGCAUUACAUAUUCAUUUAAGCAAUCCUCCAUGGCUUCAAGUUAAGCUUUUCUAAAUUCCCUUUGCUUUUAGAAGCAGUCAUGUGUGACUUUAUAUGUGUUUAAUUCUGGACAAGUUUUCAAAUUUAGAAUUAUUGGUUCAAGUGGAAUAUCAGUAUCAGUGGUGUGAAUUCCUCCUGCCUAUUUACUUCAUGUCCUCAUUAUCAAUCUAUUCCUAUGCUUUACUUUUUCUAGAUAUCCAAUUCUCAUCACUAUAGAAAAAUGAUAAUUUAAUACAGUAACAUGGCUGAAUGGCAACAAAAAGAAACAAUGUGGCAGUGAUUCUUUUCUAAAUGUUCAAAAAUUUCAAAUCUGUGAAAAAUAAGUCUUCAUGUAUCAUAUACCUGGCUCUCUCAUUCUCAUCAGCCACAUUAACUUUCUCUCUCUUAGAUGUGAACAUUAAACCCUGAAGUAUUUAAAUAUUUCACCAAGUAUAAUAGCAUACAUAUCUCAGCCUUGAAGGAGUUCUCUUAAUACAUUUAUGUCUCCUGAGCAAGGGUUGUAGAAUGGGUACAUCACCCCAUCUUCCCACACAGCAAUCACAGUCCUUGUAGAGUUUUUCUCUCAGCCCCCCCCCCACACACACACAUACCCAUUUCCCUUUUUCUCUUCCCUUACAUCACUAGUCACCACUAUAGAUGUAAGACUUAUUUUUAAUUAAAUAUUUUUUUAAAAUCACUGAAAGCGAUAAAGUUCAUAAUAAAUCUAAUUUAAUCUCAAAAAUUAAAGGACUGAAAAUAGUGGUGUCACAGAGAACACACACAUUUAAUAAUUAGCAGUGUUCUGUUAUUUUGGAGGAUAGUUUGCACUGAUUUUGUUGAGAGAAGAGCACAUUCUGGCCAGUGCAAAUUCCGAAUGUAUGACUAACUCAAACCCCAACGCUAUAAAACAAAUGAAUGAUAGCAAAAAUCCCCAAAGCAAACCAUUUAAAAUAAAGAUCCAGACAGCAUGUUCUGCUACAGACUUUCCGAUCUGAAUUUUUCUUGGAUGAUUUAGUGAAAUUUUAAUUGUGCAAAAAGAAAGGCAAGCACAAUUAAAAACACUUAACUGGAGUAGACACUCAAAGAGAAAAAUACAGAAUUCACUGAUGAUAUGAAAUUCUAAGACACUGCAUUUACCAGAGUAAAAAGUGAUGUGUUAAAGCAGGUACACAGUUUUGUCCACUCUAAGAAAAAACAUAUAAAAAUUUAACAAGGGUACACUUUAUUAAAAAAUGGCAAAGUCAUCAAGAGUUUAAUAAAGAGAACUCAAAAGUCACAAAACAGAGUCUGAACAAGUAGGAAAAGAUAUGUUUGGGCAUGAAGAAACUAUCAACUUUCCAGCUUGGUGUGGUGGUGCACACCUUUAACCUCAACAUUCUAAAGACAGAGGCAGGGGAAUUGCUAUGAGUUGGAGGCCAGCCUGGUCUACAUAAUGAUCUCCAAACUACCCAGGGAUACAUAGUGGGACCAUGCCCAAAAGAGAGAGAGAGAGAGAGAGAGAGAGAGAGAGAGAGAGAGAGAGAAGGAGGAGGAGGAGAGGAGGAGGAGGAGGAGGAGGAGGAGGAGGAGGAGGAGGAGGAGGAGGAGGAGGAGGAAGAAGAAGAAGAAGAAGAAGAAGAAGAAGAAGAAGAAGAAGAAGAAGAAGAAGAAGAAGAAGAAGAAGAAGAAGAAGAAGAAGAGGAAGAAGAAGAAGAAGAAGAAGAAGAAGAAGAAGAAGAAGAAGAAGAAGAAGAAGAAGAAAGGGAAGGAAGGAAGGAAGGAAGGAAGGAAGGAAGAAAGAAAGAAAGAAAGAAAGAAAGAAAGAAAGAAAGAAAGAAAGAAAGAGAGAGAGAGAAAGGGAAGGAAAGAAAAGAAAAGAAAAGAAGAAAAAAGAAAAGAGAAGAAAAGAAACAGUCAGAGGGUGGGCCAGGAGGUAAAUAAUAUCUGGAGUUUAAAACAGAUAGAUAGAUAGAUAGAUAGAUAGAUAGAUAGAUAGAUAGAUAGAUAGAAGAUAGAUAGAUAGAUAGAUAGAUAGAUAGAUAGAUAAAAAUUUAAUCCACUUUCUCAAGGAAAUAUGCACAUUUUAUAUCAUUUUAAUUACCAAUGUGUUAAUGAGUGCAAAGACAGUCACAUGAACAAAAUUAUUUAAACUUCUGUAAAGGACAAUUAUUCAGGAAUAGCAAGAAAAGAAUGAAAAGGGAAAUUUGCCUGAAAUUUUUGAGAGUAGACACUGCAGACAAAAAGAAAAAAUUACACAGUUUGUGGAUAGUAAGAAGACUCCACUCAGGAGACUUAAGAGACGAUGCUUCCAAGCCUGAAGACCUGAAUCUGAUCCCAGAACUCAUUGAUUGGAAAGAGAAAAACAAUCCACUCCACAGAGUUGUCCUCUAGUCUCCAAACUGGAACUGAAAUAUCUGUGCUCAUGUGCACACAUACACAUAUACACACUCAAAAUACAAAAAAAAAAAAAAGAACAAAUGCUAUACUGCUUGACUUUUUAAAUUUUCAUGAGACAUGAUUGUUUUCUGUGGCUGAUUCAUUUUAAGAUUUAUUCUGUAAGUUCCACAUUUUACACAAAUAUGAAGUACUUGAUGUUUUCUCCAUAUUUUAACACCAAUUUGUCAUAUGUAAAUGGCAGUGGGCCAUUUUAGAUUAUCAAAAGCCUACUUUCAAAAAUCAACCAUCAGUGUUAUGAAAGGUUUAUGAUUUUCUUCGUAGGAAACAAAAUAUCUCCUGAGAGAGGAAAAUGUCUAUGUAGAAAGUUAUAGUAGAUUUGAAUGAAUUUAAUAUGAGGGUCUUUUCUGCUGAUAAGAGAGGAGAACAAGCCAUGGAUGAACUCAGAUUUCAUAGCCAUAUACCCCUCCUCAUUUUAAUCUAGAGCUGACUCAUGAGCUCCUUUGGAGACUCAGUUUCUUCUAUUUUUUUGAAGGACAAGAACCCCUUUUUCUUAACACAGCCAUCACAAUUCUUGUCACAAGAAAUAUGGCAGCCCACCUUUGAUGUCAUCAGCCUAGAGUUUGAGGCAGUCGGGUUGUAAGCUUAGUUCUAACACUUGCAAGGUGGGGUUUUCAUUCCAGCCUCUGUCUGGAUUUCUUCUUCAUAGAAGUCUGAGUGCUGACCCAGAAUGUAUCAGCGACAACUUCAAAUUCCUUCACAUGCAGUUUCUUACCUGUAGUCCACAUAAGCGUCUUUGGUUCCCUUAGCGUGUGCCUGUUCUGUAUGAUCUACAUAACUUCACCUGGAGAUGACUCCAGUGGCUACUGAAGUCUCUUAGGACUGGGAUCCUCAGUAGCUUUAUAAAUCAGGGUCCCUGGCUUUGCUCUGUUUCCUUUCCUCUCUCUAUGAAGAUGCUCCCUGGCCUCCUGUCUCUAGGUAUCUGUGUCAGGAACCUCCCAGCUGUCUUGUAAACCUGUUCACAGGCCACCCAACCAAGCUGAUUGUACAAGCCCGCCACCUUGUGGUCAGGUCUUUUCUUAAACAGGUCAUCUGCUAAUCUUUGCACUACACAGGAGUUUUUUGUUUGUUUUAAUUUAUUUUUUAUUAGAUAUUUUCUUUAUAUACAUUUCAAAUGCUAUUCUGAAAGUCCCCUAUAUACCAAGAAGUUUUUUUUCAAACACAUAAAAAAAGAAACUGGGGAGAGGGAUUGUAUUGGGGGAGGGACUGGGAAGAGAAAGUGGGCUGCGAUCAGGAUGUAAAAUUAAUAAAUAAAUUAAUAGCAAAAAAGAACACUGAUCAGCUGAUCUGUAGCAUCUAUUUUACAAUGCUUAAAUUAUUAUAAAGUCAUGUUUUGUAUUUUAAAAAGUUGAAAAACAUUGAACAUGAAUUUGCUCUUUCAGUUUUUUACAAAAAGGUAUAAAGACAAGUGGAAAACAAGUUAACACUUAUUUCAGUGCACUCUGUUGCUGUUUGGGGAAAGCAGCCUUAUUUUUUGCAAGCAGAAUAUAAAAAUCUUGCUUGGACUUCCUGGAAACUCGCAGGUGCCAAAUGAGGACUAAAGGACCUAUAAAGCCUUCUGUAUCUUGCUGAGACCACAAAUAAAUGAAAGUGUGCUUCAUCCUACCAAAGAGGGCUACAUUCAUUUUUAGAUCCUGUGUUCUGAGGCAGUAACAGGUUAGAUGAUCAGAUCAUGUGGGCCUUGCACUUGCCCCCUCGCGAUCUGUUUCAUGCUCCAGAGCUGUUUAUGAUCAGCCUGUGAUAGGCUAUCUGGCAACGGCGCAAACCCAUGUAAAGGACUUCUGUCUGCAAGGUUUUUCUUGCUCUUCUGUUUUGUCUUUUAUUGUGAACUUAUUCCCAAAUAAAUUGAAACCUACAAUUCUAAAUAUUUCCUGCUUUAGUGUGUAUAGUGUUAGUUUAAUUCAUGGACUCUUAUUGUACUUAUUUGCUUAGGGGAAGGUGAUAUCACCCUCUUUGAGAGAAGUGAAGACUAUUUUUGUUUGAAAUAACAUACAGAGCAACAGUCUGUUAGUUGUAAUGGCAACUACCAAUCCACAAAAAAAAAAAAAGCAGUUUAUGUGAAAGAAAAAGAGGCACAGAAGACACAAAAGAACUAAACUUCUUUACUUAAUAAACUAUAGGAAUUACAAACUUGAAUCUUAACAGUUUGAGAUGUAAAAUGUAUGAGUAGACCCUGGAGACUCAUGAAAACAUGGAAGCAGGAAGAGGUUCUUAAGGAAUCUUUAAGAGUGUGGAUACUAACAGGACCUAGGAAAAAAUGCCCAACAAGAAAUCCCUUAGAGAAGAAAAUCAUACUGUAAUUAUGCCUAAAAUAGCAGAUUGUAAGUUACUGGUAUAAUGCAAAUUCUGUGUAGAAAAGUAAAAGGGGGUCAAGAGAAUGGCUAAAAGCAUCAUAGCAGAAGUUGGUCACUAUGGCAACCAAAGGAGACACAGUGCUAGUGGGAAAGAAUAUUUCACAUUAGGCCAAAGAAAAAGAACAUCAAGUUGCUUCUACUGUAUAAUCUCUUCCAAUUUGGAAAAUGAAAGGUGAAGGGUAGCCAGUUGGGUUAGAAACUAUCCUAACAGCAACCAUACAGUUUUCAACAUAUGGAACUAGCAGAAGACAAGGUAAAAUAACAGGAAGCAUAAAAGCUAGAUAUCAUGGAAGGGUAUAACUAAGGCAUAACACUUGCAGGAAUAUUUCUAAAGCCUAGUGUCUGAAUGGCUGAAGGCCACUUCUUCCAUUCAGCUGACUUAGCAGCUAUACAAUGACUGAAGCUGUAUACACUCACUGAAAAUAUCCUAAAACAGCACAUGAUUGCAUUGAGCCUUGCAGAGAGUCAAUUAACUUGCUUAUAGGCCUUUGUGCUUACUUUUUCAGUAAUACUGAAUAGUGUUUAUAUUUACUCCCCCACACACACCUUGGGUAAGAGUUUUAUUAGGUAAGUUUUUUUGGGGGGGGUUGUUUGUUUGUUUGUUCAUUUACUUAUUCACUUUACGUUCUGAUCACUGCUUCCCUCCCGGUUACCCUCUUCCACAAUCCUUCCCUCUAUACCCCCUCCCCUUCUCCUCUGAGUACAUGCCCCCCCCCCUGCUAUCCCCCUACCCUGGCACAUCUAGUCUCCGUGAAACUAGGUACAUCCUCUCCCACUUAGGACAGACAAGGCAGCCCAGCUAGAAGAAUAUAUCCGAUGUACAGGCAAUAGCUUUGGAGAUAACCCCCUCUCCAGUUGUUCAAAAGUCACACCAAGCUGCAUAUCUCCUACAUAUGUAUGGAGAGGCCUAGGUCCAGCCUAUAUAUGUUCUAUGGUUUGUGGUUCAGUCUCUGAGAUCCCCCAAGAAUCUAGGUUAAUUGACCCUGUUGGCCUUCUGAUAGAGUUCCUAUCCCUUUAGAGACCUUAAUUCUUCCUCCUGUUCUUCCAUAAGAGUUCCAUCCCUGUUUUACUGAGGGUUUCUGCAUCUCUGAGUUGGCUGCUGGGUGGAGCCUCUCUAAGGACAGCCAUGCUAGACUCUUGUCUGUAAACAUAAUAGAGUAUCAUUAGUAGUGUCAGGAAUUGGUGCUUGUACAUGGGAUGGGUCUCAAGCUGGGCUGGUUAUUAAUUUGCUGUUUCCUCAGUCUAUGCUCCAUCCAUCCUCAGUCUCCAUCUACAUUUCAUGUGGACAGGAUAAUAUGCCUUAGCCGUUAAAGGCUAUACUCACUACCAAAAAUGUAUUAAUUUUAAAGAAAGAAGUGAAUUGUUUACUGGCUAACUUGGCAGCUGAUGACUAAUAAUGCUAGAUAAUUUAUAGCUCAUUUAAUAUGAUGAAAACCAAGGUACCAAGACAUUAAGUCAUAUUUGUGUGUAUACAUGCAUGUAUAUAUUCAGUGUGUGUGUGUGUGUGUGUGUGUGUGUGUGUGUGUGUGUGUAAGCCAGAGGGCAAUAUCAGAUCUGCCUCUGCCACAUGGUCUUAAUUUUGCCACAGGGUCUCUAACUAAACUGGAAGCUCUCCAGUUUCGGUAACCUGACUAGCCAGGGAUGCACUAGGACCCAUCUGUCUGUUCCAUCUCUUGCUCCAGGGUUAAGGGUGUCUACCACAUGCCUUGCUUUUUACAUGAGUGCUGGGGAGAUCACCGACGGACCUAACGCUUUCAUAGUAAGUGCUUUAUACCCACUGAGCCAUUUCAGUCAAUCCCUCAAACUAUAAUUUGUCACAAACAAGCUUAAAUUGUACACAUUUGUGGCCAUGAAUUGGAUCAUUCACAAUGUUAAUCACCAGAGAACACACUGUGUUCUGGUUUCUGGAAAUAAUAGGGAACUAUCAUCAAGAGAAUUUAAUUCAAUGGAUAGCUCUAGUAUAAAAAUAAUACCCUCAACCUGCUAGCUAGAUUGUAUCUAGCCAAUGUUCAUGUAUAUGAGCAGCAUCAGAAAAAAAUAAAUAAGACUUCUCCCUCAAGAUCCACCAAGUGGAGAAAAUAAACAAAAGGAAAAUCUAAGAACCGAAUACAUAUUAGUCACUUAGGGUAGUCAUACAGACACAGUUGUAUAAUCAGCUGGGGCUUACAUUAGUCCCUCUGAGACACAUGUUGAGAUUGGCCUCUGUUCAUCAGUAUUGGGCAGUAGUAAGGCAGUGAAGUAGUGAGUUAAGUCUUAGGACAGGGUCUGCUUUCCUGGGAGUGGAUUAGUUACAGGGGUCAAGGCAUCCUGCACUCACACUCUCACUUUGCUCCUAAACAAUAUGGCCUCCUUCUGCACACCCAACCUGAUUUCCCUCAUUCACAUAGUGCAGCCAGCAGCAAGAGGCUUUCUCCAGGAGCAGGAUGCCUGAUGGGACCUUGUGCUUAAAGUUGACUACCAACAAAAAUCAAUUUCCUGUUAAAUUGUCAACCUAUAGGAACAAAUAAUAGCCUAGAACAUCUGCCAUCAUAAAAGAAAAUGGCCUUAUAAGGGUCAGGUAUAUUUGAGAGUUCAUGUGCACAUGGAGGCAAAACUUAAGCUUACUUGUAAUUCUUCAGGUGUUGUCCGCCCUGGUUUUGUGAAACAAGGUCUCUCGUUAACCUGGAAUUCAUCAAUAAGGGUAGGCUGGCUGUCAGACAGUCCCAAGGAUUAACCUGACCCUGCCUCCCCAUUGGUAGAAUACCACUACUCUGAUAAUCAAAUUUGGGUUCUUGGACAGCAAUGGCUUGUGCUGUAAGAUCGAGAAUUGACAAAUGGGACCUUAUAAAAUUGCAAAGCUUCUUUAAGGCAAAAGACACUGUCAAUAACACAAAAAGGCCACCAACAGAUUAGGAAAGGAUCUUUACCUAUCCUAAAUCAGAUAGGGGACUAAUAUCCAAUAUAUAUAAAGAACUCAAGAAGGUGGACUCCAGAAAAUCAAAUAACCCCAUUAAAAAAUGGGGCUCAGAGCUAAACAAAGAAUUUUCACCUGAGAAAUGCCAAAUGGCUGAAAAGCACCUGAAAAAAUGUUCAGCAUCCUUAAUCAUCAGGGAAAUGCAAAUCAAAGCAACGCUAGAUUCUACCUCACACCAGUCAGAUCAAAAAUUCAGGUGAAGCAGAUGCUAGCAAGGAUGUGGAGGAAGAGGAACACUCCUCCAUUGUUAGUCGGAUUGCAAGCUUGUACGACCACUCUGGAAAUCAGUCAGGUGGUUCCUCAGAAAAAAUGGACAUAGUACUACCAGAGGAUCCCACAAUACCUCUCCUGGGCAUAUAUCCAGAAGAUGUUCCACCUGGUAAGAAAGACAUAUGCUCCACUAUGUUCAUAGCAGCCUUAUUUAUAAUAGCCAGAAGCUGGAAAGAACCCAGAUGCCCCUCAACAGAGGAAUGGAUACAGAAUAUGUGGGAAAUUUACACAGUGGAGUACUACUCAGCUAUUAAAAAGAAUGAUGGACCUGGAGGGCAUCAUCCUGAGUGAGGUAACCCAAUCACAAAAGAACUCACACAAUAUGUACCCACUGAUAAGUGCAUAUUAGCCCAGAAACUUAGAAUACCCAAGAUACAAGAUACAAUUUGCUAAACACAUGAAACUCAAGAAGAACAAAUACCAAAGUGUAGACACUUUGCCCCUUCUUAGAAUUGGGAACAAAACACUCAUGGAAGGAGUUACAGAGACAAAGUUUGGAGCUGAGACGAAAGGAUGGACCAUCUAGAGACUGCCAUAUCCAGGGAUCCAUCCCAUAAUCAGCUUCCAAACGCUGACACCAUUGCAUACACUAGCAAGAUUUUGCUGAAAGGACCCAGAUAUGGCUGUCUCUUGUGAGACUAUGUCGGGGCCUGGCAAACACAGAAGUGGAUGCUCACAGUCAGCUAUUGGAUGGAUCACAGGGCCCCCAAUGGAGGAGCUAGAGAAAGUACCUAAGGAGCUGAAGGGAUCUGCAAUCCUAUAGGUAGAACAACAAUAUGAACUAACCAAUAACCCCCCGGAGCUCGUGUCUCUAGCUGCAUAUGAAUCAGAAGAUGGCCUAGUUGGCCAUAAGUGGAAAGAGAGGCCCAUUGGUCGUGCAAACUUUAUAUGCCUCAGUACAGGGGAACGCCAGGGCCAAGAAGUGGGAGUUGGUGCAUAGGGGAGUCGGGGCGAGGGUAUGGGGGACUUUUGGGAUAGCAUUAGAAAUGUAAAUGAAGAAAAUACCUAAUUAAAAAAAAGAAAAAAAGAAGAGAAAUAGUAGAAGAAAAAGAAUAGAACAAGAUAAGAGUUGAGAAAAGGUGGAAAAAGAAGAGGAAAAAAGAAUUUGGGUUCUUGGACUUGCAAAGCAAGUACUUUAUUAACAAGGAAAUAACAGUAUUUAAUCUUAUUUUUUUAUUUUGACUGAGUUCAGUGUCUUUUUAUAUGUUUGUCUUUGGAAGAUACUUGUACAUGUUAAAUGUGUGUGUUUGUGUAUUUGUGUAUGUGUGUAUUUAUUAGACAAUAUCGCAACAACUUUCUUUAAUAAUGUGGGGUAUGAUACUCACUUAUUUAAUGGUGUUUUACAAGUUUUUCUCUCAAGUUAACCAUUCACAGAUUAAAGCAUAAUUUGAAAAAUUAUACCAUCAACCUUCAUUGAUUAUAUCUUACCGUGUAAAAAUAUUAUUAGCCUAGUGUCUUCAACUUUGCUAAUCAUGUCCCUACUUUUCUCUAUAAUUGUAAUAUAUCACAAAGAAGUUUUUACAUAUCAUGUGUUCUUGUUUCUGAAGCAGAAAAACACUCCUGGGUCAUAGAUUUGCUAAGACACGAGAUUCUACUGAACAGGAUGUCAAUCUUGGAUGUGGUGGUAUUUAAUGCAUCCUUGGAGUGUGUUAUUUACAACAUAAAUAUAACUAUGGAAGACAUUCCAAGGAAGGAUUAUUCUUCAUUUAGAUGUCACUAUAUGUGAUGUCUAGCAAUAUACACAAAAGCUCUGAACAUUUCUAUCUUGAUUAGAGACGAGCUGCUGAGAUCACAAAAAGUUCUCAGAAUGAGCUCUGCCAUUCAGCACAAGUCUAGCCCCUGCUCUGAGAGCAAAGGAGAGAAGCUUACAGCCUUGGGAAAGUGGUGAGGUUUGCUAGGGGACCGACAUGUGAACUGUAUUGAAGUUGGAUGAUAAGAUUUCUACAAGUUAAGGAGACAAUGAUGAUCCUUCUUGGCAGAGAAAAAUGUUUGCAAAAGUAUAGAAGAUGAGGAGGUUUCGCACUUACGUGCCAGCCAGGAAGAGGCUGACAGCUUUUCCAAGCAGGAUCCAAGGAACCUAGCUGAAAAUCUGCUUAAAUGGGGGGCAUAGGGAAAAGCAGCACCUCAGCUAUGCUACAAAGAGAAGAGUCACAUUUGCAAGUCUGACUCAUUCUUGACAUGAAGUGGGGAAGAGAGAAAAUAGGGAGUGAAGGAUGCUUCCCACAGCUGAGAGGAGGAGAUGACAACUGACGGUUGAACAAAGAUGACAGUAUCUUAGAAGGGUCAGAUUUGUGGAGGAGAAAAAUGAGGGCAUGUGUAAACCCUGUUCCUUGUCAAAGGGCAGUGAGAGCCCUGUGGGUGGCAGUUUGUACAGAGGGAAAAUUUUAUGGGGGAAAGUAUUAUGAGAACUGAAGUAAAACUUUAACACUAAAGAAGACGAUAUGUUCAUUUAUCAUUUAAUGUAAAGGUUAUAUAACUGCAUCCAUGUACUGUAUUAAAAAUGAAAAAUAUCUCUAAAAUGAUGAAAUAGAAUGUUUCUUAUGUCCUACUCAUAUCUAUUAUAAGCUUUACAGAAGAAUUUAACAAAAUUUAUAAUAACUCUGACAUAAGCAGAAAUAUAUAAUGGUUAUAUUCCUGCACUAUGCUAGGAGAAUUACCUCCAUUAGGUGUGGCAGUGGAAAAGGAAAACUUGGGGAUAUUUCUCUCUCCGUCUAUGCAUGCCAAGCAAAUAAUCCUCCCAUCUAACAAACCAAAUAGGAAAUUAUAUAGAAAAAUGCCAUAUCAGUCCUCCAAAGGCUACUAUUUAGCAGUUAUAUGACCAUUAUAAGGCUCCUUUGUGAUAAAUGCUAUCACUCCAAAGCCAUGGAAAAUAGCAAAUUUCAAAAAAUGCCAUCUGGAUUAUUCACAUUCCAGAGAGUGAGACUAGUUAUCAACAUAAGGUAGUAGUAUAAGACUAUUUCCUGAGGGGGAAUGGAGAAGCCCUAUAUUUUCCAUAGAUGGGACAGAAAUAACACAAAUAAAGAACCAAUUUCUCCUGUCUAGACUACUGAGCCAAUAAGUUUUAAUAAUGUUACUCACAAGAUCAACUUACAGGCAGCUAGCUACACUACCUGCCACCAAAAGUCUUUUCCAGAAACUGUUAUAUGCCUACUUAUCCUCUGAGAAAGUCAUACUAGUCCUUUUCCUUAGCAGCUUUCAACUGCUUAAAAGCCCUCAAUGAGAGAUUAGACCACAUAAGUCCUCCAUGGGACAAUCUUAUGCACAUAGCCUGCUGGCAAUUUUGCUGAGAUUCAAGAGAAUGGCAGAGAUGUCAUUGCCAGAGAAAAGUGUUGCAAAUCAAAUGGAACAACCAAAACACUUGUAACCUGUGAGAUUAACAGAUCUCCUUUGGGAAUUCACCGAUUUGAGUUUGAAGGGCAGUGAUUGAUGGAAUACCAGUUUCUUAUUUGUACUCCUUUGAAUUAAAUCCAUUGAGUAAACUAAUCUUUUUUUUUAAUCCUGCAUUUUAGAAGAUAUCAUUCUUGUUUUUCCCCCAAUGGCAUUUUUCCUUUUUAUUCUUUUAUUGAAAAUAGAUUCUUUUCUCAUAAAACUUAUCAUGAUUAUAAUUUUUUAAUCUCUUUCUAUUUCUCCCAAUUCCUCCAAAUUCCCUCCCCUUUGGAACCACUUCCCUUCUGUCACUCAUCAGAUAAGUCUUCUAAGAGAUAACAACCAAACAAGACAAAAUUAAAUAAAAUACAAUGAAACAUAAACUACCAUAUCAAAUUGGGACAUGACAACCCAAUAGGAGGAAAAGAUCCUCAAAAGCAUACAAGACUCAGAGUCUCAUUCAUUCUCAUAGUCAGAACUCCCAUAAAAAUACUAAGCUAGUAGCUAUAAUAUAUAUGCACAGGAACUGGUGAAGACUCAUAUAGGCCUGUGCUCACUGCUUCAGUCUCUUUGGGCUCAUAUGCACCUUUCUUAGUUAACUUAGAAGGCCUUGUUCUCUUAGUAUUUUCUAUCCCCUCUAACUCUUAUCACAUCCUCCUCCACAGGAUUCUCUGAGCUCUGAGUAGCAAGAUUUGAUGGAGAAUUUAGAUUCCAUUAAAAUGAAAUUUUAUACUCCAUCUAAAAUGUACUCUCCACAUAAGGCAAUAGACUGACCUUAUAGCCAUAGCUUAAAGAAAACAUUACUGAAAACAUAGAUUUAAAAUACCUUUAAUUACGGUCUGCAUCAUCAAACUGACAGAAGUUAAAAAUGCAUUGAUAGCAGCUGCUAACAGUGGGUCAGAGAUGGGUAUAUGUGGGUAAUACCCAAAGUAGGAUCAAUUGGGAGAAAGAAUUAACUCUACAAUGUUUGUCAGUAGGAAAAUUUUAAAUCCUUUUCAUACAGUAGAUGUGCAAGGAGGUGUUUGUGUGUAACUGUUUAACCAGACAUGGAUUCAAAUAUGAAGAAAUUAUGACAUGCAUAUGCUCCCAAAUCAUGAAGAACACUCCUCAAAAAAUUAGUAGAUAUAUUUAUAGUAUACGCAACUAUAUUUCAAUAAAUGUAUGUGAGAAUGAGAUGUGAGGAUGUGUAUACGAUAAUGCUAAAUGAAAGAGCAUGACACAAAAUACGUCUGAUUUUUCUCCUUUUUAAUAUGUUUUAAUCGAAGUAGAAAUACUUCAUUUUCAUCUCUCCUAUUCCAAUCCUUCCUCUAGUUCCUCCAAGUUUCCCUCCCUGGAACCCCUUCCAUGACCCCCUCCACUCUUGUUGAUUGCUUCGUUUUCUUUGAUUAUUAUUGUUUCAUACAUACAGGUUUAUAUGCAUAUAUAAUAGAUAAAAUAGAGCUUGAUGAGUCUGUUUUUGUGUAUAUGGUCUCAAGACUUCCCAUUCUAUGUAAUCUUAACAAUAUGUAUACCUGGCCUGUUGUUGUAUGUAUUUAGAAUAUUACUUUAAGUAAAUAGAAGGAUGUAGUGCACCAUAUCAGUGCCCUCUUUAUGGAUGUCAUAUAUAUGGGGUAUGAUAUAUUCUUAUAUAUUCUAUAUUUUCUAAACUUUUAUUUGUAAGCAUGCACUGCUUUUAUAGCCUAACUAAAAUAUGAAAUGGGAUUUUAAAUAGAAAACAUUUAUGAUCAAGCAAAGUGGUGUAUCCAACAUACCUAAAUAGCUCUGUAUUUGUUGUAAUUUCUACUCUCUGAGAGAUUAUAUUCACUCACACUGCUGCCUGCUAAUGCAACUCAUGGUCUGGUGGUUGGCAAUGUGCUUUCUAAGGGUAUAUGAUUUCUAAUUUCUCUCUAUUCUCCACCAUGUUCCACUGUCAUGCAAAGCUCUUACUUCCAAUGGGAGCUAGUGCUUCUAGCUGAGACACACUCCUUUCUGUAUGAUAUCUGUCGAGGCAUUUUCUAAACACAUUUAAGAUCCAUUAAUUCUUUAGAUUAGAUUGCUUAAGUACAGUGGUUUAUGACAGCCACUCUGAGGUUGCCUAAGGACACUUCGAGUCAGCUCUUUUCCUGGAUGUGCAUUUCUGACAAUGAGUGGGCACAGUUAGUGUUGUCUUUCUGUGAUCUCAUACAUGCUCUUCCCAGUGUCUUAUUUUAUGCUUUCACUGGACAUUUUUAUCUACAUCUAAGAUCACAUUUAUAAACCAUCUUCAACAGGCUUGUAAGCCUACGACAAAAUGAAACUAAUUCUCAAAUGUCUCAUCUUUCUUGGGGCUGAUAGCUAAUGUUCAGGAGAUAAGACUGCUGCUUCCUUCCAUUGAGGCUACGAGAGGAUCUAUUCCUUGUUUUGUCAAUGACUCUCCUCCUUGUGCAUCUUCCAUCCUGUUCCUCCACAGGCUUACAUGUAGACUUAUGUCAAUAAAGACACUGGUACUAUUGGAGGAGGGUCUAUGCUACUUCAAUUAACCAAUCACAAAAUUACAUCUACAAAAUUCUGUCUUCCAAAUAAGGUAAGAGUUUGAUGUCCCAAGAUUGGGAGGUAAACAUAUUUUCAGGAGACAGUUCUAUAACUCUCAACAAAAUGUACUUGGGAGGAAAUUUAUAUAUUAGUUUAACCCUUAGCCUUAGUUGAACAAGAUUAUUCUUCCUUAGAAUCAUUACCCAGGAGGUGGUGAGUAGGCAGAAGGCCUCAGAACAAGAUAGAGGUAGCAAAGCAUGAACACAGAGCAUCAGGGAGUGUAGAGUUUGUGUGGGUGUUGUUCAAAAGGAGAUUGACAACUAUGUUCAGGUAUGGAAUCAGUGGCAAAAACUGUGUGGUUUACCGUGAAAGCAAUAGGGAGCUGGUGAAUAGUUUAUGUACAUCUCAUAUGAAUUUUAAGACUGAUUAGCCCUGUAGUGCUACAGUUACAUGGAACACAUUUGUCCACUGGCAGGAUCUUCUGUUUGCGCUUACCCCUUUUAGUCUAGAGGCUAUCUCCAUUCUUUAAUACCUUUUCCAUUGUUUCCAAGGCAUUUUUCUCCUUGUCAUAUUCUCUUAAUUUUCUCAAAAUAUAUUGGAUUUUAAUCAGCUUCUAAAUAAUUUAAUUCAGUAACAAUUUUCUUUCACUAAGAAUGAACCAAAUAUUUCUGGCAUUUAUUACUUACAAAAUGAAUCAAGAUCGUUACUUAAAUAUUCAGAAUAUUGUAAAUUGCUUCUUGAAAUUGCACUUUUAUCCCAUAUCAAAAAGUUACAGUGAAUUCUGUAUCCUAGCAAUUGUUCGUCUUUAAAUUGAGCUCUGAUUCAGCCAUUUUCGGAUUUCAUGAGCUUUUCUAUCGGUUGCUUAGACUGAGGCUGAAUUUUUUAUGCCUAUGUUUCUCUGUAGAUGUCUUCUUGAAUUAAUUUUUGUUUUAACUCCCCUUUUAGCCUUAGGGUGACACCAGACAAGCGUGUACAUUUCGUGACUGCUAAAAUCUUCCCAAUUAUAAAGUAACUGCCUAGAUUUAUACCCAUAGCAUUUUAAUUGAUUAAAAAAAUUAUCACUACAAGCCCUGUUUAUUUAGGUGAGUCUCAGAAUUGUAAUGUGUGAUCAAACUGUCUUGAAGGCACAAAUACAACUGUCACAAGCAUUAAUUAAAAUACUAAUAAAUAUAUGCAGUAUCAAAAAAUUCUAGUUAGGCUGAAGAAUGAAACACCAAGAAAUAUCAUUGAAACUUCUUACUUUCAGUAAUUUAUACAAGAUUUUUAAAAAGCCAACAUUUUACCCUGCUCUGUGAAGGAGAUCAUGAAAGAAGGGUCCUAUUCUCACAAAGGUGCAAACAAUGGGAUAAAAUAACCCACAUUGAAAGGCUUCCCAGCUCUGAAGCUUUUACUCCAAUAGAGGAAGAUAUGGAACAUUCCACAGAAAGAAUAUAUAUAUAUGUACAUAUAUAUAUAUAUUUAAAGUAUUAUCAUCUAUAUACUCAAAAUUUUAUUUAGAAAAGUAUUUGUCACACAAAGUUCAGAUGUCUCUGACUUCAUAAAGAUCAUAGUGCAAUGGACUUUCUCUUGAUAACUUCUUAAUAAUCAUCAUCUUGACUUGGUACUACAGCAUAAGACUUCUCAAGAGUUAUUCAAAUAAGAACAUCACCUGAGUAAUUUAUUCAAAGAUUGGAAAAGUCAUUAAACUGAAGUUCUUUUCAGACACAAGAUUUUACCAAAAACCAGCUAUUUUCUGACAGAGCUGUCUUUUCUGUACCUCCAUAUAAGCAAGCUUUGAAUGCUAGGACAGAAAUUCACAGUUUUGCCUUGGAAGGGCUAGCUCCUUGAAAGAUAUCAUAAGGCUUAGAAGUUAAUUUCUCCAUUUAACUCUUAGAUGAUAUUAUCCAUUUUCCUGGAAUCCAAAGUCUUUUAAGAAAUAUAGCUGGAACAAUUUAUUACUGAAUCAUAACUUUCUCCUGGAGUUUAGAUCUUUUAAUCUGAUAUUGAGCUUUACUUUGCACUAUCUUGCUGCUAUUUUCUCAAAGUACCAUUGUAUUUCCUUAAAAAUCCCAUCUCUGAGAACUGGGCCCCAGUGUUGAUUUUAAAUGGACAGAAACAUUUGAGCCAUAACAACCUCUGACCUCAUAAUAUUCCAAUUCGUUAUACUUAUUUCUAAAAGAGGGCGAAGAGCAGAAAUAUGAGCUAGAAAAAAAACAUCACUGCAAGUGAAGACUGGGCUGAAGACAUAGUUUGAUGAUUACCUCAUGAGACCUUAAGUUUUAUACCCAUUAUCACAAAAUGGAAGUUUUUAAAAAGGAAAACCUAUGUUCAGUGGAACUUUCAGAACUGAAGAAUGCAUGUGGAUUUUAGAAAACAAUAUAUUAAUAUAUAAUAUCAUAUUUCAGCUUAUUUUAUUUUGUUAAAUGUGUAAGUGUAUGGCAAUGUAUAUGUAUAGGUAUAUGUAUAUAUAUUUAUAUUUAUAUAUAUGCUUAAGACUCUGCUAUUUCAUAGAAGUAAGCACAAAGAACAAUUACGCAUUUAUUUUCUUGCCUAUCUGUUCAACAUUUAUCUCUUGUCACUCUCCUAUAAAUUCAUUAGUUCACAGAACUAUUUUAUUCCCCGGUGUUUCCCAGCAUAUAACCUCAUAUCUAGCACAGCAGGGGAAGAGAUGAAAGAUGACUCUGGGCUGCAUAAACAUUAAAGCACAAAUAAAAACAAAGAACAAUGAAAGCACAGGCACUAAGAGAGACUUAGCAAACAUCUCCAAGGCCUGCUGUUGAGGAGUGGAUUUUACUUAAAUUAGUCUUCUCAUUAAGCAGUUUAAGAUGAAAUCAGGAAUGAUGGUUUAUAGUGGGAAUCACCUUGGAAGAAAGUCUUUUGAAGUUAGUUGAUGAAGGUUCCUGGAAAGACUGUAGACAGCACAGAAACCCUGAAGUUCUGCUAUGAAGAAGCUUCUCAUAGAACCUGGUAGAGGUGUCAGUGAGUGUCCCUGAAGACAAGAACUCGAUCUUCUCUCCUCCUUGAUCACCCGUUUGAUUACUGAUAAGAUGACAUCAUCAUUAAAGUCCACUGUCCAACAGCCCAACAAUCCAUGCAAGAUGAUGAUGAAAAACAAAAUAUUUAGAACUCAGGUAUUAUAAUGGUAAGAUGAAAAUUAACCCUCAGAUCUAGUUAGGUUUUCAGUGUGCUCAUGUCAACAGUCAAAAACUAAACAAGCCUCUGGCACUGCACUCCACAUCCUCAAUCCUCAUGGAGAUGACCCUUGAUUCAGGUUUCAGAGAUGUGCUUGAGUGCAAUGAGUUUAAAGAUGCCUCUUUCUAAGUAGGAUGUGGAGUGAGCUUGGCAGAUUUCCAUAUCCCUGUGGCACAGUUAGUAAGGCAAAAUGCUUCCCAGAGGAUGAACUAGAAACACUUGUCACUUGAAAAAUGCAAGACUGUGUGGAUGAAUAAAAACAGCAUGUAUGCCAUAGAAAACCUUGGAAAGACAAAGCCCUGUUUUGGCCCUCAUCUUUCUAGGUACGGCGUGUGAGGCAAGAUCAGCUAAGAGACUGGCAUGAGGUUACAGUGAAUAAAGAGGCGCCUAUUGGGCACACGUAUUCUUAACUUUUGACUUUUGACUAUGGUAUACAUAAUUCUCAGGUGACUGCAGUUCUUUUUUACCUAAAUUUUCAUUCAUAUUAGAUUUACAUAAUACAGCAAGAAGAAUCUCCCUAUGGUUUCACCUGAAUUAGACUUGUCCAGGAAAUUAUGCUGCUUAUUUAUUUGUGUUAGAGUAUUCAAAGAGAGGCUGUGACUGUCGACCACAUGCCAUUAAUGUAGACAAGAAAAAAAGUCCCCCAUAGAUAGAUUCAACUCAGACUAGAAAACAUACAUUAUUUAAUUAAAAGGGAACUGCUCUGGGCUGUGAGAACCCAGAAAAGAAGUUAUCGUUGACUUCAGAGAAACACACUAUACUAGUCUUGCCAAAAGACACACAUUCUUAUUUUCUUUUUGACCUUUUCCAUCCCUUUCAAAAAAAAAGAAAGAAAAGAAAAGAAAGAAAGCUCCUAGAAUCUAAAAUUUUCUUUUUUUCUGCCUUUGUGGAGAGCAGGUCUCCCUGUGUAACCUAAGCUGGGCUUGAGCUGUAUGUCUUCUUGCUUCUACCUCCCACAUGCUGGGAUGACAUAAACUCCCAUGGCUGACCUAACUGCUCCUCCAUGAGUGCAAAUAUGAGGCAAUGCUGAAAAUCAGACAGUGUACAAAAUUCAAGUGCAGUGCUUGGAGAUGACCACCAAACGGAAGCUCAUUGGCCGCCUGGUGCCAUGCCGCUGCUUCCGUGGAGAGGAAGAGAUCAUCUCAGUGUUGGAUUACUCCCACUGCAGCCUGCAACAGGUGCCCAAGGAGGUCUUCAACUUCGAACGCACACUAGAAGAGCUCUAUCUGGAUGCCAAUCAGAUUGAGGAGCUACCUAAGCAAUUGUUCAACUGUCAAGCUCUACGGAAACUAAGCAUUCCUGAUAAUGACCUCUCAAGUCUGCCAACCUCCAUUGCUAGCCUAGUUAACCUGAAAGAACUCGACAUCAGUAAAAACGGUGUACAAGAAUUUCCAGAAAACAUAAAGUGCUGUAAGUGUUUAACCAUAAUUGAAGCCAGUGUCAAUCCCAUUUCUAAACUACCCGAUGGCUUCACGCAGCUUCUUAACCUGACCCAGCUCUACCUGAAUGACGCAUUCCUCGAAUUUCUUCCAGCUAAUUUUGGAAGACUUGUCAAAUUGCGAAUACUGGAGUUAAGAGAAAAUCACUUGAAAACUCUACCAAAGUCAAUGCACAAGUUAGCCCAGCUGGAAAGACUUGACCUAGGCAAUAAUGAAUUCAGCGAGCUGCCUGAAGUUCUGGAUCAAAUACAGAAUUUGAGGGAGCUGUGGAUGGAUAACAAUGCAUUGCAAGUGCUGCCUGGGUCUAUAGGGAAGUUAAAGAUGUUGGUAUACCUGGAUAUGUCAAAAAACAGGAUAGAAACGGUUGAUAUGGAUAUUUCUGGAUGUGAAGCCCUCGAGGACCUCUUACUAUCAUCCAAUAUGUUGCAACAGCUGCCUGACUCAAUAGGAUUGCUGAAAAAGUUAACAACUCUAAAAGUAGAUGACAAUCAACUUACAAUGCUACCCAACACAAUUGGAAACUUAUCUUUAUUAGAAGAAUUUGACUGCAGCUGCAACGAGCUGGAGUCCCUCCCUCCCACCAUUGGUUACCUGCACAGCCUUCGAACAUUAGCGGUUGACGAGAAUUUCCUCCCAGAGUUGCCAAGAGAAAUUGGAAGCUGUAAGAAUGUCACCGUUAUGUCUCUACGCUCCAAUAAGCUAGAAUUUCUUCCUGAAGAAAUUGGGCAGAUGCAGAGACUGCGUGUCUUAAAUCUAAGUGAUAAUAGGUUGAAGAAUUUGCCAUUCUCUUUCACCAAACUCAAAGAGCUUGCAGCAUUGUGGCUUUCUGACAAUCAGUCCAAGGCCCUUAUCCCUCUGCAAACAGAAGCCCACCCAGAAACCAAGCAAAGGGUACUAACCAACUACAUGUUUCCCCAGCAGCCCCGUGGUGACGAAGAUUUCCAGUCAGACAGCGACAGCUUCAACCCCACCCUGUGGGAGGAGCAGAGACAACAGCGCAUGACUGUUGCCUUUGAAUUUGAGGAUAAAAAAGAAGAUGACGAAAGUGCUGGGAAAGUUAAGGCUCUCUCCUGCCAAGCCCCCUGGGACAGGGGCCAGCGUGGGAUUACUCUCCAACCUGCCAGGCUGUCUGGCGAUUGCUGCACACCAUGGGCCAGGUGUGAUCAGCAGAUCCAAGAUAUGCCCGUCCCCCAGAGUGACCCCCAGCUGGCAUGGGGUUGUAUAAGUGGCCUCCAGCAGGAGAGGAGCAUGUGUGCUCCAUUGCCAGUGGCAGCACAGUCCACCACUCUUCCCUCUCUAAGUGGCAGACAGGUUGAAAUAAACCUAAAACGAUAUCCAACUCCUUACCCGGAGGAUUUAAAGAAUAUGGUAAAAUCUGUUCAAAAUCUGGUGGGUAAGCCAAGCCAUGGAGUGCGUGUUGAGAACUCAAAUCCAACAGCUAACACGGAGCAAACUGUGAAAGAAAAGUUUGAACACAAGUGGCCGGUGGCCCCAAAGGAGAUUACAGUGGAGGAUUCUUUUGUUCAUCCAGCUAAUGAAAUGAGGAUUGGGGAACUUCACCCUUCAUUAGCUGAGACCCCUCUGUACCCACCCAAACUUGUUCUGCUAGGGAAGGACAAAAAAGAAUCAACUGAUGAGUCUGAAGUUGACAAAACUCACUGUCUGAAUAACAGUGUCUCCUCAGGCACCUACUCAGACUACUCGCCCUCCCAAGCUUCCUCGGCAUCCUCUAACACCCGGAUGAAAGUGGGGUCCUUGCAGGCAACAGCUAAAGAUGCCGUCCAUAACUCUUUGUGGGGUAACAGGAUUGCACCACCUUUCCCACAGCCUCUAGAUGCAAAGCCAUUACUCAGCCAACGGGAGGCUGUCCCUCCAGGGAACAUCCCCCAGCGUCCUGAUAGGCUGCCAAUGAGUGAUGCUUUCCCUGACAACUGGACUGAUGGCUCCCAUUACGACAACACUGGUUUUGUCUCCGAGGAAGCCGCAGGCGAAAAUGCCAACAAUAACCCUCUCUUAAGUUCCAAGGCUAGAAGCGUACCUGCUCAUGGGCGCAGGCCUUUAAUUAGGCAAGAAAGGAUUGUCGGUGUUCCCCUGGAACUGGAGCAGUCCACACACAGACACACACCAGAAACAGAAGUGCCUCCUUCCAAUCCCUGGCAGAAUUGGACCAGAACUCCCAGUCCAUUUGAAGAUAGGACUGCUUUUCCUUCCAAAUUAGAAACAACCCCUACUACCAGUCCCUUGCCUGAAAGAAAAGACCACAUGAAGGAGCCUACAGAGACACCAGGUCCCUUUUCUCCGGGAGUGCCAUGGGAAUACCACGACCCCACCCCUAACAGGAGUCUCGGUAAUGUCUUUUCUCAAAUCCACUGCCGCCCAGAUUCGUCUAAAGGUGUUAUCGCAAUUAGCAAAAGCACAGAGAGGCUUUCCCCGCUCAUGAAAGAUAUAAAGUCCAACAAGUUCAAAAAGUCCCAGAGUAUUGAUGAGAUUGACGUCGGUACCUACAAGGUCUAUAACAUUCCACUAGAAAACUAUGCCUCUGGGAGCGAUCACUUAGGAAGCCAUGAGCGGCCAGACAAGUUCUUGGGACCAGAGCAUGGCAUGUCCAGUAUGUCCAGGAGCCAGUCAGUACCCAUGUUGGAUGACGAGAUGCUCAUGUAUGGAAGUAGUAAAGGCCCACCCCAACAAAAAGCGUCUAUGACUAAGAAGGUCUAUCAGUUUGACCAAAGCUUCAACCCACAAGGAGCGGUGGAAGUAAAAGCCGAGAAGAGGAUUCCACCCCCUUUUGCACACAAUUCUGAGUAUGUACAGCAGCCCAGUAAAAACAUCGCCAAGGAUCUGGUCAGCCCCAGAGCCUACAGAGGAUACCCACCCAUGGAACAGAUGUUCUCCUUUUCCCAGCCAUCUGUAAAUGAGGAUGCCAUGGUGAAUGCUCAGUUCGCCAGCCAGGGGCCCAGGGCAGGCUUCCUAAGGAGGGCUGACUCCCUGGCCAGCUCCACCGAGAUGGCCAUGUUCAGAAGGGUCAGUGAGCCCCACGAGCUGCCCCCUGGUGACAGGUAUGGCCGAGCAACCUAUAGGGGUGGGCUGGAAGGCCAGAGCAGCAUUUCAAUGACUGAUCCCCAAUUCCUCAAGAGGAAUGGCAGGUACGAAGAUGAGCACCCUUCAUAUCAAGAAGUGAAAGCGCAGGCGGGAAGUUUUCCUGCUAAAAACCUUACCCAGAGGAGGCCGCUGUCUGCCAGGAGCUACAGCACAGAGAGUUAUGGGGCCUCCCAAACCAGGCCAGUUUCAGCUAGGCCUACCAUGGCAGCCCUCCUGGAAAAAAUACCAUCUGACUAUAACUUGGGUAACUAUGGUGACAAGACAUCAGAUAACAGUGAUAUAAAGACAAGGCCCACCCCUGUGAAGGGAGAGGAGAGCUGUGGCAAAAUGCCGGCAGACUGGAGACAGCAGCUGCUUAGACAUAUAGAAGCUAGAAGGUUAGACAGGAAUGCUGCUUACAAACACAACACAGUUAACCUUGGCAUGCUGCCCUAUGGAGGUAUUUCAGCAAUGCAUGCAGGCAGAAGCAUGACUUUAAACUUGCAGACUAAGUCUAAAUUUGACCUUCAAGACCUACCUCUUCAGAAAACCCCGUCCCAGCAAAGCAACAUUUUAGACAAUGGACAAGAAGAUGUCUCUCCUAGUGGCCAAUGGAAUCCUUACCCACUUGGGAGGCGGGAUGUACCUCCGGACACCAUUACUAAAAAGGCAGGCAGCCACAUUCAGACCCUGAUGGGGUCACAGAGCCUUCAGCACCGCAGCCGGGAGCAGCAGCCAUAUGAAGGGAACAUCAACAAAGUGACCAUUCAGCAGUUCCAAUCGCCAUUGCCCAUCCAGAUCCCCUCAUCACAGGCUACCCGGGGACCUCAGCCUGGACGGUGCUUAAUUCAAACGAAAGGGCAGAGGAGUAUGGACGGUUAUCCCGAGCAGUUCUGUGUGAGGAUAGAAAAGAAUCCUGGGCUUGGAUUUAGUAUCAGCGGUGGAAUUAGUGGGCAAGGAAAUCCUUUCAAACCUUCUGACAAGGGUAUCUUUGUUACUAGGGUUCAGCCUGAUGGACCAGCAUCCAACCUACUACAGCCCGGGGAUAAAAUCCUUCAGGCAAAUGGACACAGUUUUGUGCAUAUGGAACAUGAAAAGGCUGUUUUACUACUGAAGAGCUUCCAGAACACAGUAGACCUAGUUAUUCAACGUGAGCUCACUGUCUAAAUGUUUUUUAUAAAUAGUGAAGAUAUGUCAGGCCAGAACUAAUGUUUAAAAAUAAAUUUAUACAUAGAAACAAAUUUUGCCAGUUGCUGGACCAAUGGCAAACAUCAGUGCCAGGUGUAUAAUAGUGUAUGUUAGCCUUCCACCCUGAAAAAUGUUACUUAUAAACAUGGCGUUUGCGCGCAGUUCUGUAUCAGUUCCAGCGGCAGCCUCUGGCUGUGCAUUGGUGCAGUUUUAUUUCUGUUUUUGUUUUUUAAUCAAAUAAGUUGUCCUCUCAAAGUGGAUUUCCUAUAAUUUCGGAGCACGGAAGCACACACAAGCUCUUUACAAAUUCUGCUCUCCAUCAGAAAUACUGCCUCAAAAAAUGUAUAUAAAGAGUUGUAAUCCCCAUAAAGUAUUUCUAGCACAAGGUAUAUGUUGGCAUAUAUACAAAAAAGAAUAUAGAAAAACGAUAUUUUCGUAAACAUCUUGGAUUGAGAAAGAAAAUAUAUCUUAAAAUAAGACUUUACUAUAUUGAAUCUUUUUCAAUAAAAAUUACAUGAUUACGCCUUAUGGAAGCAACUGUACAUAAAGUAUAAAGUAUUUAUAUUUGGUUCCAUAGCCAUUUGCUAAAUUCCCAUAGUAGAGUGAAAUGAUUCAUAAAUUAUCCAUUAAUCUCUGGGACCUGAGUAAAAAAACCGGAGAAGGUAAAUCUGUUCAAUGCCUUUAGCUAAUUAAGAGGACACAAGCUGACUUCAGAGACAGACCACAGGUGGCUGCGGGUCAGUCUCUUCAGCAAAACCACGUGCAGUGAGCGAUGGGUGGCGGGAAAGGCUUAAUGCUUUAAUGUUCUGUUUCCUCGGGUUAUGUUGACUAUAAACUGUGGCCCCUGUGAUUCCUUUACUGUAAAUGUGGAACUUAUCUGUGUGCUGAUUUAAUUAAUUUGCUACUUUUAAAUCAUUUUAAAUGAAUUUUGGGAAUUGAUAACAUUUAUUAUAGAGAAAGACUUGUUGGAACGCUAUGGUGGUUUCAAAACUUUGGUAUUGAAAUAUGAAACUUCAGAUAUAAUUUCUCAGAGCUGUGGUCUACUGAUAUCAUUAAUCUUAAUUCCUGGGGGUUUUUUUUGUGGACAGAAAUAGACAAAAUGUUUUUUCUCCAAAUAAAAAGUUUUAAGGAACAUAAACAUGAAUUCAUUCAUACUAGACAGUGAAAACAGCCUAGUUAAUGCACUUUUACAAUCUGUUUUCCUUUGUAAGAAUUCAAAAUUUAUUUUACAAUCCUUUAAAAUAUUUCUUUUUAUAUUAGUCAUCAAUUUGAUUAAAAUAUUAAUUUGAAAUUUUAGAUCAACUUUCCAUAAUUGGUUGUAUAAACUCCCUCAUAUAUCUACAUCACUUUUUAUACAAUAAAUUUAUCUCAUAUAGUAGUGUUUAAAUAUUCUAUAGAAUUUUACAAUAAAAUCACAUGUGGAUGUCACCAGAGCUCUGAGGAUAAUAUUUGUAAGUUUGUUUUAUGAGGACAUUGAAAAUAUUGUAUUUUUGUAGGAUCUAUUAAAAUGAGUGCCACUUAUUAGAAGUACAGUGGUUUUUUUGGCAUAGAAUUUGUCGGAGAAAAAUGUUACUUCAUUUACCAAGGAGUGCACUAGCUCUGGUCUUGAUUUAUGCCAGGGUGACACAAUACCGUAGUCUUAUAGACUUGGACAAUUAGCUGCUGAUUCUAGAUUGACCUUUUUACACGGAAGCAGCCAUCAUGUGUAUUUUAAUAUAUUGAGAGCAUUUAAUGAGAAGUGUUUUUCAAAGCCUAAUUUUCUGUGUCAAAAACUCACAGCACAUCACUAUAACAGAUGUUCUGGGCUCAGCCUUAGUUAAGAGAAGCAAGACAAGCUCAGAGCAGUAUGGUAGCUUGCAACACUCAGAAAGCAGCCAUCAAGGCUACACAACCUUCUACAGGAGAGGCAGGAGGCAGCCAAAUGGAGGGCUCCCCAGGAAAUUUCUUGUGUCAGAGCAUCAAAUGCUCCUGAGGCCUUCAGCUGAGAGGAUGAAGCUCCCUCCUUGAUAGAUAGCAUUGCAUGAGGUCUUGCUUUGAUACUUCCUUCUCUGAGGUCCAGCCAUGAAGAAAGGAAAAAGAGAGCUUGCUGGCCUCUUGGGAAAGUGUGGAUAUAGUCAAUGCUACACACUGAUAGGUAGAUAGAUGGUCACACAGAGGGGCAUUUUCUGUUUUAGGUUAACUCAAUGGAAUCACUAAUCAGUUGUGGGGGGCUUCUCAUUGAUUUUAAAGGCUACCCGAGCCAAUAAUUUGUUGAUCUACAGAUAUUUGACUUUUUGUUUUUGAGUAACUAAUUUGCUGCCUGAAACUAAAAUCCGGUUCAUGUUAACAUCAAACAUAAAAGUCAAGAGUAUGCUGUAAAAAGCAAAGAAAGAAAAAGAAAAGUCUCCAAAAAAGAAGUCCCCAGUGGCAUCAUAAAAUUUCUACCUCUUGAUAGGUCCUCGAUCUUCCUGCUGAGGAAGCUGCUUAUAGACAUGGAUCAAUAGGGCAAUAUGGAGUAGGUUGGAGACAUUAGAGGUAAAAAGAACAAAUACUGACAAUUAGUAGCCAACAUCUGUGGGGGUUGCAAGAUAGAUAGUCAUAAAGGGGCAUUUUUUUAAAUGAGUCACAAGGCAGACAGUAUUUUGUCAUAAACACUUUGCUUAGGUGACUCUUGACUGCCAGGCAACACAGACCCUCAAAACACAUGUCAUGCUGACUUGAAGCUUGUGAAACUGUGCCUGUCCCUUAGAAUUGUCUAGGCUUUGCCUUGGAACGCUGCCUCCAUAGACAAGACCUCUGCAUCAGGGUUGUGGACUAGCACUGCCUUGUGUUCAGAGAUGAGUCCAUGCAAACAAAAUAUUGCUGCCACUCUCUCCUUAAAAGUGGGAUUGGGCUACUUCUUGCAAUGCGUGUGAGGCAAAGAGAGAGGACAGAAGUUAGAAUAACGACAAAGAAGUUUGAUUUACAUAUUCAAAUAUCAAGAGAAAAGUUUCUGAAUUUUCCAAAAUAUUAGAUGGAAAAACCCAGAAACUCUUAGUUUUUAGUCCCCAAACCUGUCUAGAGUGCUCACCACAGUGUAAAUGUUUGGAAAACAGUGUUCUUCUCAGUUCUUCUUCACACUGGGUCUGAGUUGUCAUCGUCAUUUUCUGCUUCUCCCUGGCAGGAAGAUCUACUAUGUUUAUUCCAGUGAACACAUUUCUAUGGAGAGAAAGAAUAUGACCUAAUCAGAUCAAAAUUCAUAUUGGUAUCAGACUGCUAUUUGAACCACUCAUAACAUGCUUGACUAAUCCAUGAAAUGGCAACCCACCCACAGAUUCCCUGGAACACUAGAUCAGCAAAAAGUAACAAGUUAGGAAAAUAAUGAAGUCCAGUCAGCUAAGAUAGCUGUUUAGUACAGACACCCAGGUUGAAGGGUCAGGGAAAACUCUGCAGCAGAAAUGUUCAUCUUUCCACAGCUUAACCAAAUAUUCAAAUGCCAGUCAGUGAUGUAGCCACAUCCGUCUCAUGGGUGUAACUUCUUGACCCAGUUAGGACUUUGGUGAAUUUUCUAGAUUUAAGACUACUUUCAUAAACUUUUUUCCUAGCAAACCUAGGAGAGGCACUCUUUCCUUACUUGGAGCAUUAGCCUGGCUUCCCCUGAAAACAUGCUAUGUCAAUCAAAUAGAAUGUGGGCUAAGGGAAAUUGGGUGUGCUCUGUGGGACACACAUAGACAAUGUUACAAGAAAUAUGAAUGUUGACUCUCCUGCACAUCUGUAUGGCUCCAUUUUAGUCAACAGGAUUCAGUGAGUUUCCCACCACACCCAUGUACAAGACAAAGGCAGACACUACUGUGUUUCCAUCUCUGUUAUGACGCAUCUGGAGACAUGUCUGCGUCUAACAUGCAAAGCUAGUCUCCUCUCAGAGCUGUUGUCUUUCUGUAGACUCAUGCCCUACCCACCCUUGCUGUCCAGUGGAGGUGAGUGUUGUUUCCAACCCACUGAGACAAGCCUCCAGAGCUCCAGCUGCCAGAAGACCCAGAAUAUCAACUGGGGGCUUCUGCCCCAGCUUGAGAGCAACUCUCCUAGGGAAGAGUCAGUGCUUACCAUGUUGCUGACAGCAGCAAACAGCUCAUGCACAAAGAUGUGUGAGGGUGGCGGUGCCUUAACGAAGCCACCUUUCCACAUCUUUGCUUAUUUUCACUGUUGCCUCUCCGUUCUCAGUGUUAGGUUUUUGCCAUACUGGGAGACUUUCUCUGAGCUGCUUUUAUGCAUAUUGGGGUACCUAGUAGUCUUCCCAACCUUUAACACUGUGAGAAAAUUAUCCACAGACACUCUCCUGUGAGGACAGAAGCACCUGCCUUCCACCCUAAAGCAUUCAAGAGUUUUGAAAGAAUGAAGAGAGCCGGGCAGUGGUGGCGCAUGCCUUUAAUCCCAGCACUCGGGAGGCAGAGGCAGGCAGAUUUCUGAGUUCGAGGCCAGCCUGGUCUACAGAGUGAGUUCCAGGACAGCCAGGGCUACACAGAGAAACCCUGUCUCGAAAAAAACAAAAACAAAAAAAAAAGAAAAAAGAAAGAAAGAAAGAAAGAAUGAAGAGGAAAAAACACUUCAAGGUUUUACUUUAAAACCAACAGUGAAAACAAAGGAAUGUGGGUCCCUUUGCUUUUUCACUCUAUGAUUGUCUUGAUUUUUCCUAGGAGCUGAUUUUUUGGGGGGAAAUAAGGAGAUAUAGUUUCAACUUUAGGGACACCUUGACUCCCUGGGUUCUGCAGGUGGAUUCUUUGACAUCACCCUAAGUAAGAAAAAACUUUUUAAAAUGACAGACCUGGACCCAGCAUGUGCAAGCAGCCAGGAGAUGUGGGGUAUAGCCGUUUCUUCCAAAUUUUCAAGAUACAGUCUUAUUUUGGCACAACUUGGUUCAUGGUAGCACCAUAACAAAUUAAAUAUUGGGAAAUGUAGAAAAUGCUAAAAUCCUAUAUAGAGCUGGCCAAGGCUGAAGCAGUAGGCCAGUCCCCAGCACAUGAAUUUCCAAAUAUAGCAUAAUUUUCCCUCCUUUAUUAAAAAAAGGCUCUUGUUUUAUCGUUUAAGCUAGUAUCAUUUGUUUAUAUGAAUGGAUAUGGAAAAGGGGUUUAAAAGGAUCAUUCAAAUUUCCUUCCCUUGAAAAGUUUGUUCUCUCAUUUUGAACAAGUGUAUUAUUUGUAGUGUUGAUCCCCAUCCCCUAUUUUAAAAUAAAACAAUGAGCAUAUGGUUGUACAGAUAGGCAGGCAUCUCUCACCUCGAGAAAACUAACAUAAUAUUGUUUUCAACAGCAAACUCCUUCGCAAUAGGGUAGCUGAUCUCAGUAAUGGAAGAUAUGUUAUACAGUCAAGGCAUCAAGAGACAUGACUUUGCAGACUGUCACAAAAACAAAGUGCAGUGAUUAUAAAUUUUAUGACAAUUAUCUGCUGGGCACCCCCGUGCAUCAGGCCUGUUGGGGACACAGUACAGUCUCUCCUCUGCACAAAACAUCAUAGCUGGGAGGAAAGAGAAGCUGCAGACAGAAUGAGGCGGGUAUGGUGAGUCCUCUGUCUCUGCCCUUACCCCAUGCCAGGGCUGAUGGCAUCAACUCUGUCUGGAUUGGAACAGUACUUUAAUUGGAGCUCUCUCUAUACAUUUCUUCCUACUGGGUCCUAGGGCCACUGGUAGAGCAUUUAAAGCAUUUGUUGGGACUUAAAAAGACAUUUGACAAGCGGAUCAUGGCUGGACUGAAGAUAUUUUUGGACAAGGGAAAUAGAACCAAGAAUCUCUUGGAUUUUGGAGGAAGGGUUGUCAUGAAGACAGUUGUCCCCCAAUCUGACCUAGUGUUCAGCUCCAUGCUGUGGCAUUAGUAGAUGAUAAAAUCAUAACAGACACAGGCACAAGAGAAGGUCUUUCCUGUACCCACCACCUCUAGAGCACACUUUCAGAGUCCAGUGUUAGAACCGGCCACGCAGCAAGGCAGUAAACAUCCCAGUGUAGGGGUGUACACCUUUAAUCAGAACUCAGGAGGCAAGAGCUGGUGACUAUCUAUGAGCUCAAGGCCAACCUGGUAUACAUAGUAAGUUCCAGGACAGUCAGAGCCAUAUAGUGAGACCCUGUCUCUUAUCAAUUAAUCCAUCAAUCAAAAAAGAAAGGCAGUAAACGGGGAACAAUAUUUUUGCCUGUGUAUUGCCCUGUGGGUUUAAGAACACUGUCACAGCCUGUUUAUGCCAUUAGAUUGCACAUAUUCACAAAUCAAACUGUUUUCCUUCAGGAGAGCUGAGGCCUCUGAUUAUUGUACCAGCUUGUAUCUUUUCUUUGAAAAGAACACACAGACUAGGUGUUCUUUUACUUCUGUGUAUCCCAGUGAUUCACCACCUCGGUACACAUUGGUUCCGCUAGCAGGCUUCCUCUCCCAGACGCCUUUCCAAGUUACCAAUCAUGCUUGGCCUUCGGAGUCCUGCCUCAGUGAGCAUGAAGGCUUUCUUAAUCUUAAUGGGAAAACUUCUGUGUGUCAGUACCACGGACAUGGUGUAGCCUUCACUCUGCCUGAGCCCCUGGCUGCUUGGUCUGUGUUAUAAGAGAGAGAGACAGAGAGAGAGAGACAGAGACAAAGACACACAGAGAGACAGAGGGACAGAAAAAAAACAAGAAGCAUUUACAUGUCUUCUGAACGGCAACACCAGAACACACCAAUCCCUCAGCCUUAGUGCCACAAGCAGAGUAAGUGACAUAUUUAACAAAUAUUGACUUGAAUGGGUGACUGAUGCUCAAGCUGUAUAUCCUUAAGUGGUAAACCUUAGAUUCACUAUUCUCAUUUUUGCUGGGGGUGGAGGCAUCCUCUAAGCUGACUUCCCCCCUCUCUUUGCCAUUUCUUCUCAGACUUUCAGAACCCUGUGCUGUUAAGAAGCUAAGUUUCACUUCCUUUUUACGUGUUCUAAAGAUGCCAGAACUGCCCAAAACCUUUAACAACAGAACAAUUGUUCCAUUUGAAAACAUUUUAUUUAUGUCCUUUUAAUUAGUUCAGAACUUUCUUCUGGGGAGAAGCCAUGCUGUCAGAAAUGUCCUAGAGACAUGAAGGAUGGUGUGGAACUCACAAAGCUGUGGUUUUAAGUGUCUUAGAGACCACCAAGCUCCGGACCCCAUCUUGGACAUAGUCCUCAAGUCCCACUGAGGUGUCUAUUGAAGACUGUAUGUGGUCAAGGCUGACUUCAGACUCAUUUAAUGUAAAGAUCCAUUUGUCUGUAUAAUAUGACUAGGGAGGUUGUUGGCUUAAAUUGUUUAUACAAUAUGAAGGUGGGGAGAAGAGACAAGAACAUCAUAAAAGAACAUGAAAAAUUCAGAGGAGAAAUGAGGUACCCAUAGUCAACAGAGCGUUUUACUGAGAUACAAUAUACCACCUGAAUUCCCCAGUAAGGAGGCCUGUCUUACCGAUGUGUUACCACCAUCCACUAAUAAAACUGAGGAAGCGCCAAAUUAUUGUUGCUUUUCCACCAAAAUUUCCUUCUUUUAGGGUUCUGGGUUCAAGCCUGAGAUACAUGCUAUCCUUACAAUCAUUUGAACAUGCCCACAAAACUUUUUUUUUUUUAAGGAGCAUGUAGUUACAAAGAGUCACCACUAGAUGGAGAGAAUCUUCCUAGAUUUGAUGUAAGAGUUGAGACACAUCUUCCCAGGCUGUUCUUGUAGCUGAUGGAGUUGUUAGUAAUAGCCCUUUCUACCCUCUUUAUUAAAGAUUAUAACUAUGCUCUAAGAUUAAAUGAUGCCAGUGGAUUCUAUAUCUUUCUGUACUAAAAUGUUCAGGUUGAAUCAACUUUCCAGAGUCAGUCUCUCUCUCUCUCUCUCUCUCUCUCUCUCUCUCUCUCUCUCUCUCUCUCUCUCUCACCCUUGGACCAGAGUGUGCUGUGAUUCCGAUCUUUCUAACCUGUUCAUCAAGCACAUCCUCCAGUUUCCUUAGCUUUCUUGAGUCUUCCAAAUACUUUGUGCUGAUCUCCCUUAUUUGAUCCGCAAUUCCCUUCAGUUGAUGUGGCAAUAUAUUUGCUUUAAAUCAUCAUUAUUUACUUUGUAAAUUAUCUCUCCAAAAGUUAAGCAUCAAGUUUACCUGAAUGGCCUCUCUUAAUGAAAUACUAAUCAAGGUCCUGCCUGAAUGUACAUUUCUGGCUGACAUCUGGUAGUAACUCCUCUGUAAACUCACUUUUCACUUUAUUCAUGUGUACAAGUAAUUAGCCUAUCCUAAAUGGAGUUUAUUGCAUAGAGAAUGCUUUUUUAAAAAGCAUCGCAUAAAGUGAGAAUUGGGUUUCAAGAAAGGCCUACAGUAAACCCAUCCCCAGCCUCUUUCAAUCAGAAGAUCCACAUAUUGCAAGCACAGACUAUUGACUACCUUCAGGGUGCACAUGGUUCUGAGAUAUUUAGAAUUUCAGGGCCUCUGAUGGCUGGGUCCUGAUGGAGGAAGCCACAUCUAAGCUAAGGAUGUCUUCACUGUAACCUCUGCCUCAGCAAGCUUUUCCCUUGCUGAUCCCAUCAGAACCAUCCCCAUUUGAGCUUCAGACUCCCCUCUGCCAACACUUAAUCUCCUCUUUCAGCAAGAGUAAACAGAUGACAGAAUGUUCUUCCCUGAAGCUUACUAAAACUUUAAGUCCCGGUGUUAUUCUCCAAAGGAAGCUGCUUUCUUCUGGCCACCAGGUCACCAGCUCCUAUAGUGAGCUCUGAGCAGAUUCUAGUCAGCCUCUUUAAGGGGCUGGGACUAAUCGCUGUGACCUCAAUCAAGCCUGCUGGUUUUAUGAUACCAGGAAGGCUCACCAGGUGAACUUCUGCUCCUUUUAGGAGGCUAAGCAUCCCCCAGCCACCUUGGACUUGAGCAGUGUUACCUGCCAGCAAGCGCAACAGUGCCAACCACUGGUCUCUUCUUUUGGAAAACGUUUGACUUUUAACUUGCUUUCUUCUCUAUUUCAUCAUUAUCCUCCUUUCCGACUUUCAUGUACUCCUAAAAUUUUUGGUUGUAGAACUAAGCAAGAGAAUGAGAACUGGGAAGAACCUUGGAACAAUGCUGAGAGGCUGCCCAGAUGCUCUUCUGUGUUCCACAGUACUGCCGAAUCUUCCUUGUGGCUCUGGUACUGUAGUGCCACUCAAAUUUUGGUACAAACCAUUGAAGUAUUUUUUGCUUGUUUUUCUUGGUCUACAUAGUAAUCUUAGUGUUCUGUUCCUGGAAUAGUCUCUCAGUUAGCACAUUCCCUCUUGUCCUGAGAUCACCAAGCCCUUCAAGAUUAAGGCUCUUGCUGUCUACCCUGCCAGCUCUGACGCAAAGCAAACACCCUUUUCUACUCUGCAGUAUGAAGUGCUCAGGACUGUGUUUUUAGCUGUUCAGAAUGUUAGAGUUAUUCAUGUUGGUUAGUGGAGUUAUCCUUCAGUGUAGAAAGAGAAAACUGCAAGAAAAACUGGCACUAACUUAAGUGGCCUCUGACACCUUCCCUAACCCUGUCCCAGUUUGUGUCACAUUCUACAAUAGAUGAGUGAUCGUGAUCAGCAAAACUGUUUCUUUCCUUCCUUCCUUCCUCUUUCUUUCUUUUUCUUUCUUUCUUUCUUUCUUUCUUUCUUUCUUUCAUAUCUAUCUAUGUAUCUAUGUAUCUAUCUAUCUAUCUAUCUAUCUAUCUAUUUAUUUAUUUAUUUUGGUGUUUGUUAUAGCAGAAUUUGAUUCAUGAGAAAAUCAUCAGGCAGCUGGUAAGUCCCAGCUUCUCCCAAACUCUAUGUAACCUGUCCCCAGCCACCUAUCUUGACCCAGUGUUCCUCAUGUUUUAAACUAGCUGGCAAACACAUUUGCACAGCCUUAUUGUGGGAACAUUCAACUUGGCAAUAAGUACUUUGCUCUUGAUAGGAUCUCAAAGAUUCCUUCAGACCAAGAGAGACUCCAGCAAGCAUACAGUUAGAUACGGUUGCCCAACCUGCACAUCCCUGUGCCUGCCUCCCAACACAAGUCAAAUGUGGGAACCAAUCCCCCACCAACUACACAUACACACACAAACACACACCUCUGUCCUUUUUGGUAUUAGUAUUCCUUUUUUUUUUAAUUUUCACGCAUCUCUUCAAAAUCUGGACCUCAGGCUCUACAGCCCUGGGUUGUCAUAAAUAGCUCAAAAAUGAGAAAUCAUGACUUCGGCUUUCUUUUUUAAAAUUACUUUAAUAAAUACCCCAACAUGUUCACCUAUACCACUGUACAGACUUUGUUUGUUUGUUUGUUUGUUUAAGUGCUUCCAGACCUGUAGUUUGAAUAUAUGUAGUUCAGGGACUGUUGUUUCUAGGCAUUCUACCUAGGAGUUUGUGCCUGUGGAGCAUGUGGAUGCCCCACCCCUGAGCUACACCCAACCCAUACAGAAGUGAUGACGGGAGUGUUUCCAGAGUUCUAGCCUGUGGUAUUAAGACUUAAAAAAAAAAUGUAAUGAUUUUUUUAAGCCUUUCCUUUUCUGGUUGCCCUUGCAAUUAAAUUAAAUAAAAAGAGGCAUAUGUUCAAAGUUUUACUGUGGCAGCAGUUAAACAUACAACUAAGCCCUGUCAAGAAACAAUCAGGUGGGGAGAUAGAUGCUUAAGUCUACAAACUGCUGUCUUCGAGAAAUGUGAGAGCAGAGACCACAUACUCACGAUCUCCCUCACUCCCACACGGCAGCAAAGGAUUCCUUUCAGCUUUACCGAUUCACACUGUGGAUACAGAACAUUCUAGAAGGCCAGCUCUUGCUUCUCACCUGUGUUUAUUGUGCAGAAAGGACAAGUCUUUAGAGACAGAGGAGGCAGUAUCAUCCAGGAUAAGUUAUUAGGCCUGGCUUGCCAUUCCUUUUAAUUUAGUCCUUCAGGGAGGCUGCCAUCAAGGAACAAAGCCAGAGAGAAUGUAGAGAUAGGGCUUCUCAUGGCUGGAAAGCCAAGGCCUAUUGCUUCAACUUAUGUCCUUGAGGUACUGUGUCUGUACAGAAAAUAAGACCCUGAGAGGCCAACAAGAAAUGCAAUUUAAACUGCACCUAAGAUAAUAAAAUUGGAUGAAAAGUAAAAAGAAAAAAACAAACAGAUUUCCUGGUACUAGGGUUUCCUGUAAACACCUUGUGGGUACCUCAUAAGCAGCUGAGAUUAUUAGUGUUUGGUCCUAGUGACUAUUUCAGCUGCCUUAUCCACAUUAGCUGCUAAGAAGUGAUAACUCCCCAAGUUCCCAUAUAAAGUCUCUCCUGCUACCGUAUUACAUGGCAAGGAGAACAGGGGCUUUUGUUUGUUUGCUUGCUUGCUUGCUUGUUUUACUUCCUUGAGGUUAAAACUAGAGUCCCACCCCCACCCCAGAUUAGUCUAGAGUUGGGGCAGCAGUAAUAAAUUAGGACGCAUUCAGGUGUGACAACACAGCUACCUGUGAUGGUGAAGACCUAGAGUGACUUAGUGUAUCUGUGCAUUAAAUUAGAAAAUAUUUAGCAGAAACAUGUAGCAUAGCCGCAUUUGAAAACGAGAUUGUGCACUUGGGAGGCAGAAGCAGGUAGAUAUCGGAGUUCAAGGCCACAUGUGUUCUACAGAGUGAGUUCCAGGAUAGCCAGGGCUACACAGAGAAACUCUGUCUCAAAAACUCCAAGAAAAUAAAAAAUAAAAAAAUGAGAUUGCGUUUUGAAAAUACUUGAAGUAUUUCCUGACCUCCAGGUACCACUUUAAGCAUGCUAGAUAUCUAGGUUGGGAGUCACUGAAGCACACCCCACAGCUAUAUUGGCCAGUAAUGGAAAGUCCACUUUGUAGGAAGUUGAUAGUGCCUGCUCCACAGACGCUGUCAUUUCUUAAGCCAAUCUUUAGAAUCCCCAAAUGUUUGGGGCAGUGAAAAACAGUAAAUAUACUUUGUUAAUUAAAAACAGACUUUCUUUUUUAAUGAUAUACUUUUACAUGACAAAUUAAAAAAAAAAAAAACUUGUAAUCUGUGUCUGUCACACUAAGACACCAGAUACCACAGAGAAUCUCUUAAAUCACCACCAAAGAAAUGGAGAGAAUAAAUCAAAUGUUUGAAAAAAUAGAGAAUGGCCUUGGGAGAUGGCUCAGUAUGUAAAGAACUGACCACACAACUAUGGGAGCCUGAGUCAGGACCCUCAGAACAGCUAUACAUCUGGGCAGGCAUAACAGCUUCCUGCCAUCCCUUGUCUAAGAACGCAGAGACAAGUGACACCCCGCCCCCACCCCCUGCAACAGGGCAAGCUGGCUAGCUGGAUUAGCUCUGGCUUCAAAUGGAAGGCCCUGCUCCCAUAUAUAAAGUGGAGAGAUAUUAAGGAAGAUAUUUGACAAUAACUUUAGGUCUCCAGAGGUACGUGCACACAUGUACAUCCACACCCAAAGUCACACAUGCAAAAGAAAGUGGACUAGAAUCAUAGUUAGUUCUUAGCACCUUACUGGAGUUCUUAUAGUGUGGAACUCUUGUCUUAUGGAACGAAUGUGGUAACAUUCCUACAUACAGGAGAUGGGUGGCCUCUCAGAGGGGCUCAAGUUUACCCAGAAGGCCAGUUAGUCUUUGAAGCUAGUCACUAUUCAGUUUAAUCCUUGGCAGCUAGUCUUCUUGACAUGAACUGUCUGAUUUUCGACACUAUAUAUAUAUAUAUAUAUAUAUAUAGAAAUAGAAGCAGCAAUCUAUUCAUUAUGCCAACUUUAUAGCUACUUCUGAAGACCUCAUGUUGUGCUUGCCUCUCAGAAAGAGAUGCCUACUCCUUACCUACUGCCUUCAGUAACAGCAGAGCUCCAUGGGGCUGUCCUUCAUGACAUUAUUCAAUCCUGACCUUCAUUGUGGUAUUAAUAUAAAGAAAUUUAGUCUGCAUACACGAGGUUUUGUGUUCCAACUUGCUUACUAUCCUGAGUGUCCAGGUCCCUCAUAGAGUCCAGAAGUCUCUGAAGGACUCUGAACAUUGCCAAAGGCUUCAGUGAGGGAGUCUAACAGGUCACUGCUAAAUCAAGGCUUCUAGAGAAAUGUUUUGCAGGGUGCUGCUUCAGUCAGAUUAUUUGCUGUUAGACACUGAGGCUCACAGUUUAGUGUGACUUAGUUCCAACUGUCCAGACUCCUUGCCUGGUAGAUGUAAUGUUCCGUUUUGUCAUGUGAAUUUGAAAGGUCACCAGGUGAGGGCAAAUGAAAGCCAUCACUGUGAUUUGGAAAUCAGCUCUCAGAAGCAGUUGAGUGACCUUCCUUGGACCUUCUGCAUGUCACAGUGCAUUUUAGGAUCUGUCAUAGACAAGGCUUAUGAAAGUAGCUUUUUGGGAAAUUGGAAGGAUAAGAGGGGUGGCUCACAGGAGCACAAAUGCAGACCCACAACUCAUAUCAGAGUUGAAACUGCUAGGUCCUUACUGCCAACUUCCCAGCUGGCUGGCUUGAAGAUGACAACAGCUCAGGGAGCCUUUGAGCAAGUGAAGAAAAUUAAAUCCUCAUUUCCCUGAAAAACUAAAUUCUCAGGUGGUUGCCUGACAGGGGUAAGGGGGAGAAUUUUUAAAUCAUGGCCUUUGUUGAUGUUCUCUGGCUUUUUCUUGGGAGGCUGCUUCAAGCAAUAACGUGAGGUAUGCGGUAAUCCUGUCAGGUGGUAUGCUGGGCUUUUAAGUCUUUUGCAGGUUGCCUGCUUACCCACACAAUUCACAUAGGAUCUGAAAAGCUUAACUUAUCAGGGAUGGAACUAGGUUUUACAGAGUUCCUUUAACCAAAUAGGCUUGCUACUUUUUCCUUUCUUCCUGCAUCUGCCAAGUCUUUCCGACCAUUUUCAUUGAUCUCACCAGAUGAGUAACACUUUAAAUUCCAAAGGCUUAAAAAUCAACUCCUUGUCAUUUUUUUUCCAAUUUAAUUCUUCACUCUUUGUCAUAUUUUCAUCUUCUUGCAUUAGUUCCCAUGGCAAUGUGUCUGUUGGCAGAGAAAAUUUAACUCUUUUAGUGUUGAUCACAAUGUAAAAUCCUUUUUAGGCAAGUGCCACAAAAACAAGCAGAGACUGGAAUUCUCUUGCUAAUACGUUUUAUCUCUUAUAUUGAUUUCCCAUCCUAUCCCCAAGCAAAGCUCUCACAGAAAAACAUGCAGAGGCCUUUGAGGCAGCUACAGCUUCAAGGAUUUAACCUUUGGCUUCCCAUGGCUUCCCGUUCCAAGUGUUAAAAAUAUGAAUGCAUCUAUCAGGGAUGUACAGAAGACAACUUUCAAUUUCUAUCAGAAACACCCAGUGUAUCUGAGGAAAUACACAUGUCCUAAAAUGAGCCUCAAGUCAGGGUCUAAUGGCAAGAUGAGAGGCACUUAAGCAGAUUUCCUCCCAGUAAGUAAAUGGCAAAGAGGCCAAGCAAGCUCUAAGUUCUUGAAAGAAGCAGCAAAGACUCAGGUGGAAAGCAAAUGACAUGGCUACUUGUAUGGGGGAAGCGGCACUUCAGUUCAGACAGUUUGUGAUCAAGUAUGAAAAAGCAAGCAACUGCAUCAGGCUUGAUGAUGUAUGCCUAUGAUUCCAGCAAUGGAAGGUCAAAGGCAGGAGGAUUACAAGUUUGAGGCCAGUCUGGGCUACAUGGGAAGAUCUUGCAAGGACUAGGAUUCAAGGUGCUAGGUUCAAUUCCUAGGACCUAAAAGGCCUACUAAAGCCUUUAGAAAUGCUUUAGAAA